GGCUCCGCGCUCAAGUCACCUUGGCCCUCGCUCUGGUCCCCGACCACCACCACCUCCCCUGCUCCACCUCUCCUCCUCCUCGUACAGCGUAAUACAGAGCAAAGAUCCUGCCAGCGGCGGGGCCAUGGGCCGGCGCAAGUUCCGGCUCUCCGACAUGAUGCCCAACUCCUGGUUCUACAAGCUCCGCGACAUGCGCCGCGGGCGAGGCCACUCUGGCGGCGGCGCAAUGCAGCCGUCAUCGUCGUCGUCGCCGCGGGGGACAAGGGCUGUCACACAGCCUGCCACGCCGAUGCGUCGUUCCUUGGCUCUCCCGCACAGGGCGUCGUACUACUACACCACCCGGGACAGGGAGCUCCCGCCGUCGCCGCCUCCGCGGCCGAGGGCAGCCACGGAGGAUCGUCAGUUCUUCCCCCAAUCGCAGUCGCCGCCGAGGAGCGCCAGUAGCCGGCUCCAGGUGGGGCCCUUCAUUGUGGGACGCGUGCUGGAGCCCUUGGUUGAGGUGCCGGGCGCUUCACAGCGCCGGCGUGACAUGUACGUCGGGCGUGAUGGCGGCGAGGACGCCGGGGAACUCCAGAAGCAGACGGUGACCGCGCCUGCAAAUGACGUGCCCAGCGGCAAGGUGAUCACGUCGGAAACGGACAUCAUCAUCGAUCUCCGGGCCGAGGAGACGCCCGAGAAGGUGCUCCGGCAGAUCGUGACCAGGCCGGCGAGGAGGGAGGUUGUCCGGUACGAGCUGAAGGACAGGCACGUUGACGUCGCCGACACGACGCCGAGAGCCAGCUCUUCCUCGGAGCAGGGCAGCAAGGGCAACCCGAGGCGCUCGUCCGUGUCCACGGGGCGCCGCCUCAAGACGCGCGUCAACAGCCCGCGGCUGGUGUCCAGAUGCAGGAAGGGCAAGCCGACGACCUCGGCUCCACGGAAGACGACGCCAGCACCGCCGCCUCCGCUCGCGGAAAGCUUCGCCGUGGUGAAGGCGUCGGCCGACCCGAGGACGGACUUCCGCGAGUCGAUGGAGGAGAUGAUCGCCGAGAAGGGCAUUCGCGACGCCGCCGACCUGGAGGACCUCCUCGCGUGCUACCUCGCCCUCAACGCCGCCGAGUACCACGACCUCAUCGUCGAGGUGUUCGAGCAGAUUUGGACGAGCCUCGCCAGCGUCCAGCCGUGAAGAAACGCCAUGAGAUCAUCAUCACUCAUCGUGCUAGCUCCUGCUGCGUCACUGCUUGCUCAGUACAUCCAUUGCCAACUACUGCAGAUUACUUAGCUUACUUCUUGACUUGUUGUUAAUGGCAGCAAUAAGAAAUCUACAAAAGAAAA